AAAAUAGAUUUGAUGCUUCAAUCCUAGCUCCGCCAUUAAACCAUGGUAAGAGCAGAAGCUUCCCUGGUAACUGUUGAAAUCUUUCUUGUUCGUCGUUUCAUAUACUAUUCUAGAUUUUAGUUACUACUUAAUAUUCUUGUUCGUCGUGACCAUUUUCCUCAUUGACUCCUCUUUCCUAAAUAUCUCUUCCACUGUCAUUUUCCUAAAGAAUCUAUACACUUUCUUGUAUUUCUGACGUUUGUCUCCUUCUUAAGACCAAAUUUUUAUCUUCUUCAAUCUUCACACCUCAACUAAUAUGAACGUAGCAUUUCUAGUCCCACCUCCCAUUUUAUAAGCCAACUACAGCUAAAUCUUCCAUCUUCAUCUUUUCCCUUUCUACUCUCUUCUUUCACACCUAUUUAGUUUUCAUUCUCAGAAAAUUUAUAUAUAACACCAGAAAUUUCCUUUCUGGGUUUAUUCUUAAAACCCAAAAUUCUGGGUUUUACUUGCCUUGAUAAUACUUCUUUAGGUUUUUGAUUUCAGUUGUCAGAUCCUAAUUAAACCUCAAAAAUCUUCCAUUAUUCCUUUUUUGUCCUUUGUUGCUUGUAGCAGCACCAACGAAAAAUUCCAGUUUGUUCUUGUUUCAGGUUCUUAAAAUAAUUGUCUGAAAAUGGAAGAUGCUACACACACACCUGGUAAAGUAGACGAGUCAGGUAUGUUUGAGCUCACUGGAAAAAUCAUGGUCGUAGCAAUUGUACUUAUUUUUCUUGUGGUAGUCUUCGUUUUCUUAUUCUACUUUUACUCAAAAUGGUUUUGGAACCGCCGUCGUCAAGCAGACGGCGGCAACCCUAACGCCAGCACACGGCGGCGGCGCGGCUUCAACUUCUCUUCAGCCGGUCAUCAUCAAGAAGUGAAUAAUGUUACAUCCGCUCUCCGCCGGGGUCUGGACCCCACUCUUCUUAAAACUAUUCCCGUAGUUUUAUUCAAUCCUAAAGAAUUUAAAGAUGGAUUAGAAUGUGCUGUUUGUCUUUGUGAUGUUUCUGAAGGUGAAAAGGCAAGACUUUUGCCUAAAUGUAAUCAUGGAUUUCACGUGGAUUGUAUUGAUAUGUGGUUUCAAUGUCAUUCCACUUGCCCUCUGUGUAGAAAUCCUGUUUCCAAUAUAUCUUCUGAUGAUCAGAAUCCCACCUCUGCUGUGGAAGAAGAGAAUUUAGUUUCUAUAGAGGUGGCAAAUUUCCCGACUAAUAUCUUGUUUUGGGGAAAUGAGACUCAAGUGAGCAGUUUGGAGGACUCUUUACAAGGUCCUAAUUCUUCUUCUAACGCGCCUUGUCCUCCACCACCACCACCAUCGUCAUCAUCCUUGUCGUCCUCAUUUGCCUCUACGAGUGAUAGGCGUUGUGUAACAUUGGUGAUUGAUAUUCCAAGGCAGACAAAUGAAGCAGAAGAUGAACAGAAAUCUCCAAUAAUGUCCACAAGAUUGAGGUCUUUGAAAAGGCUCUUGAGUAGGGAUAGGAGGGUUAAUCCUUCUAGUCCGAGAAUUGUGGAUGUAGAACAAGGAGUCAGAGGCCAGAGCUAGUAGACAACAACAACAACCCAGUAUAAUCCCACAAGUGAGGUCUGAAGACGUUAGUAUGUAUGCAAACCUUACCCUUACCCUGGGGGUAGAGAGGUUGUUUCCGGUAGACCCUCGGCACAAGAUAGCCAGAGCUAGUAGGAAUUUAUAAAUAUGGAUAUGUGAUAUUAGCUUCGAUAUUUUCUGAUGUUUGCUAUAGAAUUUGGGGAUGAAUGGUAUCUCCAGAACUCUCAUUCAUUUGUUUAAAGUUUUUGAUUCUUGAUGUAGAUGUAAAGAUUGAAACUUUCAUCUGCAUAUAGGCAGUGAAUAUAUUGUAUAUGUGUAAACAAUGCAGUGGGCCUCUCUGUUUGAGAAUGAAGCAAUCUUUCUCUUACAGAAGAGUAAUUUCAGUUAUUUCUAUGACUGUUUGUAUUUUCUGGCUGCUACAAUGAUCACAUUUUGAGCUUU